UAUAUUUAUAUGGAUCAGUUUCUCUAGGCAAGUUGUCGGGCCCACUACAAAUAUGGAUGUAUAUACAUACAUAUACAUAUAUACAUAUAUAUAUAUAUUCACAUUUGGGGGGGUAAUAGAACUAUACCAAAAACAGGGUGAGUGGAUAGAGCUGCCUUAAAAGGCCGAGCACAUGCUUUGUGCUUUGCAUGCGGGAGGCCAGUGUUAAAUCCCCCACACCUCACGGUUCUUACAGCACUCUGGCAGCAAUACCCCAACACAGAGCCAGCUGUCCAGCACCUCUGGGUAUAUCCUCCACCACUAAUGUGCUGUGCUCUCUAAUUCGGGUUCUGUGUAUUUGUUUCGUGCCUUAUAGGGUUGAGCAUUACAGAAGUUUAUAGGAUCAUGCCUGGCACCCAAACUGCCCAAUGAAUAGUAGGUGCUGUAGUAGCAUCUCUGUUAAUCUGGCCUAUGAGCAUAAAGAAAAUAGACAAACGGCCGCCCAAAGGCGCGAUCUCAGCUGCACACCUCCCUUCCGAAAAAGAGCGCGUAAACGCUCGGCGCGUUCAGCAAAGACUACAUUUCCCGCCGAGCUGUGCGGCCAAGCCGGCUCGCGUGCGUGACCCAGAACGGCCGCUCCCGCGCGUCUCUCCGCAAAGGCCCCGGAUGCAGUAGCCGACCCGGCUAAGUGGGCGUGGCUCUCGGCGGCGCUGAGACUCGGGGCUCUCCUAUUGGUUGCUGUCCUUCCAACUGGAUUGGACGCGAAAGAAGAGGGCGGGGACCUGUGUCGAGCCGCGCUCUAUCGACAGCCAAUGAGAGCCCGGGCCGGACUUAGGCGGGAGGCGGGAAACCGGAGCUGUGCGAAUUUGGCGCGAGCCGUCCUGGGUUCUGCUGUUGCUGCUGCUGCUGCUGCUGCUGCUGUUUCUGCUGUUUCUGCUGUUUCUGCUGCUGCGGCUGCUUCUGCUGCGGCUCAGUGCGCACGGGGACUUGUCUGGAGAAGCUCUGUGUGCUAGAGACCCGAGCAUUGAAGUGACGCACCUCGUGAGUUUUGUGCUGCCAGCAUGCCUCGAACUAGAUCCCAGUCGCAGGCAACGAUCACUUUUCCAAAAAAGAAAAUAUCCCAGACACUGGACAAAGUUAAACUCUCUAAUGAUACCAAACGAGAACUGACAAAUAUCCAGGCUACACCCCGUUCUCCUUGUGAAAAAAUUCUGCCUCUCAGCCCCAGAAAACGGCUGGGUGAUGACAACCUGUGCAACACUCCACACUUGCCUCUCUGUUCUCCGCCAAAGCAAGGCAAGAAAGAAAAUGGUCCCCCUCGCUCUCGAACCCCGAAAGGACGCAGAUUGGUAUUUGACAAUCAGCAAACAGUGAAGUCGCCUGGCAAAACCGAUCAGACCAGGCUUAGCCCCGACAAAACCUGUUCCUCUGUUCAAAAAGAUCAAGAGAUUACCAAAACGGAGUCUGCAUGUUUGAGGCUAUUCCGGCAAGCAGGCACUUGCUAUCAACAAGCCAAGUUGGUCCUGAAUACAGCUGUCCCGGAUCGGCUGCCGGCUAGGGAAAAGGAGAUGGAUGUCAUCAGGAGUUUCCUGAGGGAGCACAUCUGUGCAAGGAAAGCUGGAAGUCUUUAUCUUUCUGGCGCUCCUGGAACUGGAAAAACGGCCUGUUUAAACCGAAUUUUGCAAGACCUCAAGGACCAGCUGAAAGGCUUUAAAGCAGUCCUGUUGAAUUGCAUGUCCCUGAGGCGCGCCCAGGCUGUGUUCCCAGCCAUUGCUCAGGAGGUCUGUCCGGAAGGAGCAGCCCAGCCAGCUGGGAAGGACAUGCUGAAGAAACUAGAAAGCUCUAUGACGGCCCAGAAGGGCCCCAUGAUCGUGUUGGUGCUGGACGAGAUGGAUCAGCUGGACAGCAAAGGGCAGGAUGUGUUGUACACGAUAUUUGAGUGGCCGUGGCUGAGCAAUUCUCGACUGGUGCUGAUUGGGAUAGCUAAUACUCUGGAUCUCACAGAUAGAAUUCUGCCCAGGCUUCAAGCUAGAGAAAAAUGCAAGCCACAGCUGCUGAACUUCCCACCGUAUACCAAAAAUCAGAUAGCCGCUAUAUUGCAGGAUCGACUUACGCAGGCCUCGCGCGACCAGGUUCUGGACGAUGCUGCGAUUCAGUUCUGUGCCCGAAAAGUCUCAGCCGUUUCGGGCGACGUUCGCAAAGCACUGGAUGUUUGCAGGAGAGCUAUUGAAAUUGUGGAGUCAGAUGUCAAAAGCCAGACUCUUCUUAAACCACUGUCGGACCGUCAGUCACCCUGCGAAUCCCCGGUCCCCAAGCGGGUUGGUCUCGCCCACAUAUCCCAAGUCAUGUCGGGCGUGGAUGGGAACAGAAUGGGUGUGAGCCCCGCCGGGACCCCCGACUCCUUCCCGCUUCAGCAGAAGAUCCUGGUCUGCUCUUUGCUGCUCCUCACCAGGCAGCUGAGAACCCAAGAGGUCACCCUGGGGAAGCUGUACGAAGCCUAUGGUAAAGUCUGCCGCAAACAGCAGGUGACGGCCGUGGACCAGUCUGAGUGUCUGUCGCUUGCGGAGCUCCUGGAAGCCAGGGGCAUUUUAGGACUAAAGAAAAGCAAGGAGACACGCUUCUCAAAGGUAUCCUUGAAGAUCGAAGAGAAGGAAAUAGAGCACGCUCUGAAAGACAGGACUUUUAUCGGAAAUAUCUUAGCUACUGGAUUGCCUUAAAUUUCUUUUAAACUAACCCCCCCAUCUGAAAGUAUCGGCCCUCUUUUAGAGAGCUGUGGAAUCUUCGUUUUAGUGCUUGACACAUAUUCGGGUCUGGAAACAAAAAUGACCUUUUUUUAAAAAAAAAAUUGGAAUUGAUACGUUUAAAUCUUUUGAUUUGCCAAUAUUCUCAAAGGACUUUUACUGUUUUGUUUUAGGGCCAUGCCUGGCAGCCCUCGGGACCUACUCCUGGCUCUGUGUUGGGGUGGGGGUUCACCUCCCCAGUGGUUCUCAGAAGACUGUGAUACUGGGGAUCAAACCCAAGCCUCCAGCAUGUAACGCAUGCACCAGGUCCAUCGAGAGCACUCUCUGGCCCACAAGACAUUAUCUUUGGGUCUUCCUAGUUUUACACAUUAAGAUAUUAACAAGCAGACCCUCUUAUUUUAUUUUUUUAUUAUUUUAUUUUAUUUUAUUUUUGGUUUGAGGGCCACACCCAGUGGUAUUCAGUAUUGACUGCUCAGGAAUCACUCCUGGCAGUGGUCAGGGGGCCAUAUAGGAUGCCAGAGUUUAAAUCUGGGUCAGCGGCAUGUAAGGCAAAUGCCUUUCCUGCUGUACUAUCACUCUGGCCCCAGCAGACCUUUUUAACUAAAUGUUCACUGCCACAGUCGCCUGGUGUCUGUCACCCGUGAGCUUGCAAAUAGGAAUUCAUGUUGGUGGAAUGUGCUAGAGAGUGACUUUCUAUUUGCUCCAACAUUGCUGUGGUUUUUGUUUUGUUUUGUUUUGUUUUAUGAAUUUUGAGAAGACUGGGACACAGGAAGGUAAACAAGUGCGCGUGGAGAUUUGAAGGACACUUUGACCCAAACCUCCAGGCCAGAGCGGACUGUGCCUCCUUGCGGAUGCUUCCACAUUGUGACGUUUUUAGAGACUCGUGGUUUCUUGUUCACGCCCCAGGGUGUAGGGGUGGCGAAGAGAAAAUGACUCUGUGGAUCGUGAAUAUAUUUAUUUUCAAGUUGC